AUGGCUUUCAGAAAUCUUUUUAGGAGUGCCCAAUUGAGUACCUUAAUGAACAGACUAGGGCAUUCAGAAAGUUACAGCUUUGCCCUUGAACUUGAAACAGCUAUAGUGAAUUCCUUGCAAGAAUCGUCUUUUUUGUUAACACCAGAGAUAAAACGUGACACAUCUUUACCUUCAGUUCUGCACUCUGAUUUCGAUAAUUUUGACAAAUUUGUUAACAAUAUAUCAGGAAGUAGGUCAAUACAUACUGCUCAUGGUAUUAUGAUGCAAGAUAAUGAUGGAUCGUUUGAUUCCGAAAAAAUACAAAUAACUCUUCAUACAAUUACCAAAUCAGGAGAGCGUUCAUUAAAAAUAAUUUUAGAUGGUGCAUUACCACCAUGCUAUGUUAACCACAGGGAUUGUCCGAAAAUGGAAAAGUCAAGAACUGUUACACCCAUUGACAAGAAAUUGGUCUACUGUAAACCAAAUAGAAUAAAUCAGAUAUGGUGUUUAUUGCGAUUAAUGUGUGGAACUGAUGAACAAGCUAUUUCAGGAUGGAGCGAAAUUAUUUCUGAGACUGGGGUUCAACCAAAGAGACAUACGACAAUUGAUUACUAUCCAGGUGUACACCACAUUACUACUGAAAAUUCACUGAAUGACUCGGGUACUCAGAAGAAGCUUCAAGAGAAGUUGGGCAAAAGUAUGUUAUCACAAUUAAUGUCUGCCUAUAUAAAGAUGAUUAGGAAGAAAAUGACAGGGUCUGGUGUGACUGAAAUACUAUUAGAGGCAGAGUUACCAUCAUCAUCAGUAGUUAAUCUCACAGAAUUAUAUAAAGAUAGAAAUGAAAAGAAUGUAGAAGCAGUAUUAUGUGAUUACAAUGUACAAAAAUUGUUAUCUGAAUUUCGCCAUUUAUAUAUUAAAUAG